AUGCCAAUAGCCCUGGCAGCUCACUGCUGUGGCCCUCUCGAGGGUUCCCCCGGAGCCGCACACCCUAAUUGUCUCAACGGAGGUUCGCCUGCUUGCUGCAAGAUAGCUGAGGUGGAUAUUUGUAUUCAUCACUCGUACUUUGUCACUCAGUAUGCGAACGCCUACGAUCCUGAACCAAACGGCGGAACUUGUCACAGUGGACAAGGGAGAUACAAGUGCGUCAGCUAG